AUGUAUAAUCUGAUCCAGACGUUGGCCGAUACUCUCAGUGAACAACUCUCCAAUAGCGCGACGCGCGACGACGUCAGCAGUGUGCGACCGUUCGGGGCGGACGGGAAGGCAAUGGCGGCCGCGGGAGGGGAAGGGCCGCCUCAGCCGCCGCCUCAGCCGCCUCAGGAGCCGCCCGACCCCAAGCCCCCGCCGCCCCCGCCGCCGCCCCCGGGCCUGAAGGAGGACGACGAGGACAGCUACUCCUUUUUGCCCCUCGUCCACGCCAUCAUCAAAUGCAUGGACAAGGACAGUCCUGAUAUCCACCAGGAGCUGAGCGCCCUGAAGACCAAGUUCCAGGAAAUGCGAAAAGUCAUCAGCACGAUGCCCGGCAUCGGCUUGAGCCCGGAGCAGCAACAGCAGCAACUCCAGAGUUUAAGGGAGCAAGUCCGAACCAAAAAUGAACUCUUGCAGAAAUACAAGAGCCUCUGCAUGUUCGAAAUCCCCAAAGAGUAGAGGGACGGAGACUUCCUCUCGGGACUGAAAGGGACUGGGGAAAAGCAAAAUCUCCCCUGUUCUUUUUUUUUCCUCUCCUCACCCGUUACUGUGUUUCAGGUUUGGUCCUGGGUGAAUUUCAGUGUGGGUUUGUGCGGGGUGAGGUGGGGGUAGAGUUGUUUUUUUGUUGGUUUUUUUAACUACAGGAUAGCUGGACUAAAGUGAUUGUGUUAUAUAACUUUGGGAGGGGAGGGGGUCUUCGAAGGACUAUUUGUAGGUGUGGAUUAAAAGCCUGCUAAUAGA